CCAGAUCCCCGCACAGGGCUUUCCGGGGCUUUCCGAGGCAGAGAUAGCACAGGCCUGAGCAACGUGCAAUCUGUUGUGAGUCACGGGCCCGGAAGCCUUGCCCCAUCAAGGCGGAGGAGCAUCCACAAAGCAGAAUCAGUAGACGCAGCAGCUGCAGAGACAGCAAGAAUCUCGCAGGUCUCAUUCUCCGCCGCUGAUCCUCCUGACUCCUUCUUAUAAAAGCCCUCCGAUUCCACUAAAGUCACCUGGAUGAUCCAGGAUAAUCUCCACAUCCAGAACCCUUAAUUUAAUCACAUUUGCAAAGGCCCUACUGCCAGACCUUCCAGAUGGAUGAUAUCAGUGAAGCAAAUGGCACUUUUGCCAUCACCUUACUCAAAAUGUUGGGUGAAGAGGACAAAUCACGGAACGUCUUCUUCUCCCCCCUGAGCAUCUCCUCUGCCCUGGGCAUGGUCUACCUGGGGGCAAAAGGAAACACCUCAGUCCAGAUGUCCCAGGCUCUCUGUUUGAACAGAGAUGAAGAMGUUCACCAAGGUUUCCAGUCACUUCUCACUCAUAUCAACAAACCUGACACUCAGUAUGUGCUCAGAACUGCCAGCCGACUCUUUGGAGAAAAAACGUGUGAUUUUCUUUCGACCUUCAAGGAAUCCUGUCAGAAGUUCUAUCAGGCAGAGCUGGAGGAGCUGUCCUUUGCUCAAGAUACUGAAGAAUGCAGGAAGCACAUCAAUGACUGGGUGUCARAGAAGACUGAAGGCAAGAUUUCAGAGUUGCUGGGUCCUGGGACAGUCGAUCCACUGACUAAGUUGGUCCUUGUGAAUGCCAUGUACUUCAAGGGAAAGUGGAAUGAGCAAUUUGACAGGAAGUACACAAGGGGGAUGCCCUUUAAAACCAACCAGGAGCAGAAAACAGUGCAGAUGAUGUUUAAACAAGCCAGAUUUAAUUUUGGGUACGUGGAGGAGGUGCACACCCAGGUCCUGGAACUGCCCUAUGCAGAGGAGGAGCUGAGCAUGAUCAUUCUGCUUCCCAUUGACAGCACUGACCUUGCCACGGUGGAAGAAGCGCUUACAUAUGAGAAGUUCAGARCCUGGACAGAUCCAGAAAACAUGARAAAAAGUAAAGUUCAAGUUUUCCUUCCCAGAUUAAAGCUGGAGGAGAGCUAUGACUUGGAGUCUUUCCUUCGCGCUUUAGGAAUGACUGACGCAUUUGAGGAAACCAAGGCCGACUUCUCUGGAAUGGCAAAUAAGAAGAACAUGCCUGUGUCCAAGGUUGCCCACAAGUGCUUUGUGGAGGUCAACGAGGAAGGCACCGAGGCAGCUGCAGCCACCGCGGUGGUCAGAAAUGCCCGGAGUGUGAGAAUAGAACCAAGAUUCUGUGCAGACCACCCCUUCCUUUUCUUUAUCAAGCACCACGAAACCAAGAGCAUCUUGUUCUGUGGCAGGUUUUCUUCUCCGUAAAAAGGUGCAAUUUCUGUACCUGCCCUCCUUUCCCCUCUGCCUGCUCUGCCUGAGUUAAAAUUCCACCUGGCCAAAUUGGUGCAGUGGCUUGAAUGCUGAAAUAAAGUGUSUGUGCACCUGGUUGUUUGCAAACAUCUUUGUGGCCAUGCAGUGCCAUGCAGAGGGCAGAGGGUGGAUCACGGAGACCCCAGUGUGUGAAAUUGGGCUGGGAACACUUGAUUUGCAUGAUUGGGGUAACUUUUGCUGUCUCUGCCCUCUCCUGAUGCCCUUGUCCACUGUUUGUGAGCAUCUCAGGACUCGUGAUCCAGCCCUCAGUGUGCUCUUCCAUCCUGCCAUGACCACCACUCUGCCCACCACCACGGCCAGGCUAACCAGGGGACCCCAGGGCACAGGCCCACUACACACAAAGCCAUGGGUGACGCCUACAGAGUCAACUCUGGAGCCUCUCAGAGUCUCACUAACAGCUGAGAUUGUGUCUGUCCCCCAGCAGAGUCACACAGURUCUCACAGGGACUCAUGAAAACAGCUCUUUGGCUCUUAUUUGCACAAGCCACAGAUAUGAGUACAGUGGCUCGGCAGUGAGUAUCAGGACUGGGUUGGGAGGCAUGUCUCCUAACCGUGCCCUGUGUUGUUCUUCUUCACUUCCCUUGGACUCAUAAUCCAAGUGUCAGAGGGACCUUCAAACCAAACAACUCUUAGAAGCCAUCAUACCUUUGAUGAAUCGUGUGUGCUCAGACAUGAACCACACACCUCGGUUCAAGAGGGAACCUCUGACCAUAAAGAACUUAUAUUGUGACAACUCUUUGGAAAUUACAGGAAAGCAUACAAAAAAUUUUAAAUCAUCUACAGUCCUACUAUUCAGCAGUCACUGUUGUUAAUGAUACACAUUGUUCCCUAUUCUAUGAAGGCAAAUAUUUUUGUGUGCRUGCACAUGCACGUGUGUGGGUGUGURUGUUACUAAAGAUUGAACCCAGGGAU